AUGCUCGGGUCACGGCCGAGAGCAAGGUCGGCAUUUCCGACCGCGGUGCCGUCGUAUUUGGGCGUUCACAAGUCGGUCCUCGAGAAUAAGAUUCAGUCGAAGCGAGAGCGUGAAAAUACCCAGCGGCUAGAAUGGCAGGGGUUCACGAAGUACAUUUCCAAAGCAGACGUAAAAUCGGACUACGACGCUCGUUGGUCUCGUCCGAACUCCUCCUCGACAAUCCAGCGCAUCAGUCCCUUCCAAGCGCGAAUGAUCCGGACAAAGAACGAUCUUCUCCCUCGAAAGGCGAAGCUGGCGCGGCUCUUGCGCGAAGAAGAGAGCACUUACGCGGCGGAGAUGGCGGCGGCGGCAGAAAAGAUGGACGAGGCGAGAAUCAGCUCGAUUCACGAGCGAGUUGAGCAGCUGAAGAAGGAGAAAAUGACCGCGCGGCUGAACUCGGCCUCGGACAAGCGCAUGCAGAUGUGGCGAAGGGACAAUCCGCGCGUGCGCUCGGCAGAAGUCGAACGAAGGCGACAGGAAAUGGUCGACGUCUGGACCGGGCAGUUGGAAGAGAAAGAAGAGGAGCAGCGAGAGCGCGAGGCGGAACGAAGCAGAAGAGCUGAAGAAGCGGAACGCGAUCGGCAACUCGCAGAGUUAGAAAAGAAACGAGCAGAGGAAGAAAAGGCGAAGAAGCAAAACGAGUUCAAGGAACAACUCGCCCAACAAGUUCGAGAGCUGCAGCAACGCGAAGCAGAACAGAAUAAGUUGAAGAACGAAGAAAGGGCACUUCUAACGAACGCUGCUCGCCACGACCAAGUAAUUCUGGAAAAGCAACUUGCCGAAAAACGCACACAGCAACAGCAAAUGCGCAAGCUGCUUUACCGCCAGUACCGCGCUCAAAUAUUGCGAAGAGCACAAGAAGUCGAACGCGAUCUCCAAAUGGAUCUGGCUCUAUUGGAACGGAUCAGAGCCGAGGAAGAAGAGGAGCGACACUUGGAAGCGAACAAGAAAGAAAACCAACGAGCUCUGGCGAUGGAAGGAAUCCAACUGCUCAAGCAGAAACUCAAAGAAGAAAAGGACGCGCAAGAGCAAAUUGACAAUCUUUAUCGUGACCAAGCAUCAGACUGGUGGGAGAAGAAGGAGCAAGUCUGGGCGAAAGAAAACGCAGCUCGCCAAAAACUCCUCGACGAGAUCUUGGCUCAUCGUAAGUCGCAGAUUGACGAAAAACUGGCUCGAAACCGUGCUGCUCAGUUGGAAGUGAUGGAAGAGCGUGAGAAUCUGAUCACAGCGCUAGAAACGGCGCGGCAAGAACAAUCGGCGGAAGCGCAAGAGACGCAGCGAAAAAGAGACGAUCUCGUCCAAGGCCUCAAGGAGCAGCUGCACCUCCGCGACGAGCGAAUCCGCGACGAAAUCGACCAGGAAGAGAAGGAAAACUUGGAGAGGAUGAAGACGGCGCGCGAAGAAGCGGAAUUGGAAGAGCGCGAAAUUAAUCGCGUCUUUGCCGAGAAACGAAGGCCCUCUACUGUUCGCUUUGCUUGGGACUAA